GAGAAAGAAGAAGAGGGCGGGAGGGGGAGAGAGAGAGAGAGAGAGGAGGGUCUGGAGACAGAGAGGGAGAAAAUACAAUGUGCUAGGAAAAGGAAGCCAGUGAAAGAGAGCGAUUCAGUGAGCCAUUGAGAGAAAGAGGCAGGGAGGAAAGGACAGAGCGGCAUAGCUGUGGAGAGAGGGAUUGAGGGAGCAAGACAGCGAAAGAGAGAGUGGCAGCAGCAGAGAUGGACCUACAGUCGGAGAGCAGCAGUCUCCCGCCGUGCGACCCCCAGCCGUCCGGCAAGAUCAACAAGGCGGCCUUCAAGCUGUUUGGGAAGCGUAAGUCCGGAAGGACGGUGCCCAGCAUCUUCUCCAUCGGGAGCAAAGGGGAGGCGGUCAAGGGGCCAGCCAAGCUGCCGCUCGUCAGGAGCAAGACCCACGAUGGGCUGGCAGACACCAGCGUGCUGGAGGGGGGCAGGAAGGAGGUGUCGGCCAGCGGCGAACAGCUGAAUGCAGCCGGCGAGCCUGCAGUGACCGUCCCCCACUCCUCUGUCUCAAAGUCACUCAGCUUCUUCUCCCUGCUGCGGAGGGGCGGCAGGGGGAUGGCAGGGGCAGAGGCUCGGCCCCCCAGGCAGAGGAAGGGGCUGCGGGGGCUCUUCAGCAGCAUGCGCUGGAACCGCCGCGACAAGAGCACCAGGGGGGCGGAGCUGGGCGCUGUGCUGCUAGCCUCCCGUACCAACAGCGUAGAGAUCGUGAAGGAGGACGUCGCCCUCAGCCUGGAGCCCCAGCCCCACGUUCUGGACACCGUCGCCCUGGAGACGGGCGAGGGGUCGGCUAAGCCUACUGACCAACCUGGCGAUGCGGGUGACACUGGGAGCGGUGCCUCCACCUCGGGCGAUCAGAGAUUCCAGGAGUCUCAGGAGGCAGCAGCUGGAACUUGCCAUGGGCAGGAGCAGAGCCCCGCCUCCCAUAGCCCUGCCCCUGGGCUGUCACCGCUCUCUCAGGAGUCCUCAACGCUGUCGCCCCUGAAGGCCACCAGCGCAGCAUCCCGGCCAAAGCACAGCGGCAGCCAUGAGGUGCGGUUGCUCCCCCACACCCCCACCAUGACCGUCACCCCGCCUGAACCGUCGGUCUCAGAGCCCUCCAUGGACCGCCUCUGCUCCAUGUUCACCGACGUCACCUCCCUCAAGAGCUUUGACUCGCUGACAGGCUGCGGUGACAUCAUCGCUGACACAGAGGAGGAGGGGGCCAGCGCCAGCGGCAGCAGCAGCGGGACAGGGAGCAGCAGUGGUGGGACAGGGGGCGGGACGCGGGGAGCGGGGGUUGUGGCUCUGUCCACGGAGAGACCCUCCCCUAUCCGUGCUCCUGCCCCUCCGCCUCCUGCCGCUGCUACCCCAGCUGCUCCUCUCAUCCAAGCGGCUGCGCUGCCUUCCGUGGCCCUGCCCCCCGCCACGGCGGUUCUGAAGGUGCGGGCGGCCGCAGGGAAGCCGCAGGGAAGCGGGGUUGUGGCAUACAUGGGUGGCGGUGAGGAGAUGGCCAGCCCGGAUGAGGUAGACGACGCUGACAUGCAGGGCCUGUGGCACAUGCUGCCCCGGAAGGGGGAGGACUCUCCUGCCUUGCCCCGAGCAGACCUCGCCCACCACGCCCCCUCACGGGCUCAGAAACGGCUCCCUCCGGUGAAGACGCUGGGACUCAGCAAGAUUCCCGUGGGUGGGAGUGGCAGCAGGGCAGGGAAGCACCUGCGAGAGGCUCCGCUCGAGAACGGGCGGGGCAAGGACCUGCAGGAUGCCCCCGCCAACAGCGACGAGGGUUACUGGGACUCGACCACGCCCGGGCCAGAGGAGGAGGAGAGUGCCCGGUUCCUGUCACAGGACGGGCUCCCUCGGGACAGCUGCAGUGGUGACGCCCUCUACGACUUGUUUGUGGACCCGCCCGAAGGGGGUGUGGCCUCCGAUGAGGAGAUGACCCCGCCUGCCUCCUCCUCAUCCUCCUCCUCUACUUUGGGCAAGUCGAAGCUCACCCCACCAUCCCAGGCCACUUCCUUCCGCUCGUUGAAGGGCAGCACCAGCCUUCCCCGGGACUCCCGGAUCCCCAUCAGUGUCAAGCAGACACCCCCCUCCCACUCUGCCAGCCAGGGGUCACUGGCGCCUGUAGCCGCCACUGCUAUGACGCCCACCUCGCCUACAACGCCUGUCUCCCACGCAUCCGCAGGCAAGGCUGACGCCCCCACCCGCACCAAAAUCCCCAUCUCCAAGGUGCCUGUCCGCCGGGCUGGCAACAAGCCCGUCAACACACGUCAUGCCCCCAGUCAGGCUCCACACAAGAAAUAGAACUUUCUGGACUCACCUGACCCAACCAUCUAUAGUUCAAAACUACAAGACUGUUGUCCAAAACCUGCUUUUUUGAUUACCACUGCAGUGGAAUGCAUCUUCACCAUCUUCACUAGAUGAACAUACACAGGAAGACUGCUUAUGACCGUCUCUCUUUUCUGUUUCUCUUCAUCUGUACAUCAAGAAAAGUUCCAAAAACAUCAGUCAAACGUAACCAAUAAGUAACACUGAGCGAAAAAAACAAACAGUUUCAUCCUCAUUCUCACCUGUAUUAGACUCGCCAGGACAAGAAUCACCAUGACGGAAUGCAAUAAGACAAAACAAAUCUUGAGGCCAAGAGCAGAGACCUCGACACAAUAUUUGACGUGGCGUUUAACGGACGCAUAGAACAUGGCAUUGAUGAGUUACUGAAGCAGGAAGACAGGCCUCCACUCUCACUUUGCACUCCUCAGCUGGUACCAUUCAGGAUCACAUGAAAGCAAACAUGGGAGGGAUAGGGGUGCAUGCUGAAGAGUUUGUUCUUUUGGGAUUUACAAUGCUGGGGGGAGGGGGUGCUGGACUGGUACAGAGUUGGCCACAAACAGCAGGAUUUAAUGGUAUCCUGGAACCCCAGCCCACCCUAGUCCCAACAGCCUCAGCCACUAUUCAAAGCUCAAUAAUCAGGGAACGCUCGUAUAUUUCACACUCAACUCUUACGGCUCUCUAGGUGACUUCAUUCCAAUGUAAAAACAGCUUUUUCUAAGAGAAAUAUCUACUUUUUAAUCACCUUUAUUACUACUUCUUUUUGUAGAAUAUGCACAAAUCCCCACAUUCACUCACUUGCUAUGGACAUACCUUUUUUGGGACACCCCCUGCACCCCAUCCCAGGAGGGGGUCAGGAUUGGAUUUACCCCAAAAAUACUGGUACUUUCAUUCUAUUCCUGACCGUAUAUUUUGUCAGCAUCUUUGAAUGUCUAUAGCAGGGAGCAUGCCUCACACUGUAGGCCUGACUGCCGGUCUGUUUAUUUGUGGGUUUGUAAAAGAUAACAGGGGGUCGUUAGGUCAGCAUUGAUCACACAGUUGGUGGGUGGGGUGGUGGGUGGGGUUCAAGGGAAUCAGCUCCUGUUCUGUUUUGCUUCUGUUCCUCCAUCCUUUCACAAUGGUCCAUUCACUUAUGGUGAAACUCACAGUCUUUGUGAGGAAUCUGUUUGGGUUGUUGUCAGUUAUUAGGUACCUUUGAGUUUGUACAUGCUCAGAAGAAGCCAGGGGGUAAAUUUUAUCUCUGUUGCUUGUGUAAACUAAAUGUUGUUUUGUUUCCUAUUUAAUUAAUAAAAUGACAUGCACUGCA